UCAUGUUUUCAACCAUUUAACAUCAAACGUUGUAUCAACGUUGUUUCAACGUUGAAACAACAACUGACAUUAUUUCAACCAAAUUUCAACGUUGAAGGUUGGUCAUGUACUGGUUGUUUUUCAACCAUUUAACAUUAAACGUUGUAUCAACGUUGUUUCAACGUUGAAACAACAACUGACGUUAUUUCAACCAUAUUUCAACGUUGAAGGUCGGUCGUGUGCCGGCUGGGUAUGUAGCUGCCAUAUAGCGUUAAAUCCAGCAUGUGCUAAUACUCAUACAUCCCAAUCUGGAUUUAUUCUGAUUUAAUUCGGUUUAAGUGAUGGAUUCAUGCUAAUGUCAUCCGCCACCUCUUCUAUACCCGAAUCAUGAUUAAAAAUAAGCCUACGGACACGACACGAGCACUGCUGUACGAGCGUCGUCGUGAUGUCAGUGAAUUUAGGUGCCCCCUCAGAAUGCCUGAGUAGUUGCGCUCGCCAAUGAGCGUCUCCAGUCGGUGUGAAUGUCCUUCAUUUCUCUGUCUGGCUAGUGAACUUGCCAUCACGGAUCCUAAUUUGGAUUUUUCUUUAAGGGAAGAAAAGCACCUCUCCGGUUCGCCACUACUCCUUAAUCGCGUGACAUUCUGGAGCGAUUAAAACAACUUUAACUGCGCGCGACAUGGAAUGCCGAGUGCUGUCGAUUCAGAGUCAUGUCGUGAGAGGAUACGUGGGGAAUAAAUCUGCAUCCUUCCCGUUACAGGUCAUGGGGUUUGAGGUGGACUCGAUCAACUCUGUUCAGUUCUCCAAUCACACAGGUUACUCUCACUGGAGGGGACAAGUGUUGACUGCAGAUGAGCUUCACGUGCUGUAUGAAGGGAUCAAACUGAACAACGUCAACCACUACGACUAUGUACUUACAGGUUACACUAGAGAUACAUCAUUUCUGGAGAUGGUGGUUGAUAUUGUACAAGAGCUGAAGAGGGCCAAUCCUAACCUGGUAUAUGUGUGUGACCCUGUCUUAGGUGACCAUGGUUCAAUGUAUGUUCCUCAGAAUCUCCAUCCUGUCUACAAGAAUAAAGUGGUACCUGUCGCCGAUAUCAUCACACCCAACCAGUUUGAGGCAGAGUUAUUGACAGGGAAGAAUAUCAGCACAGAGAAAGACGCUGUUGAGGUGAUGGACCUGCUGCAUAAGAUGGGUCCAGACACUGUGGUCAUCACCAGCUCAGAUCUGCCCCCUCGUCUCGGAGACAGAUUCCUGGUGUCUCUUGGCAGUCAGCGCAUUUUGAUGCCGGACGGCACAAGGAAGACCCAGCGGAUCCGAAUAGAGGUGCCGAAAGUGGAUGCGGUGUUUGUUGGGACAGGUGAUCUAUUUGCUGCUAUGCUGUUGGCCUGGACUCACCAUUACCCAACAGACCUGAAGACGGCAUGCGAGAAGACUUUCUCCGUCAUGCACCAUGUCAUUCAGAGGACUAUAUCUUAUGCCCAUGAAAUGGCAGGUCCAGGUAGAAGACCCAGCCCGGCUCAGCUGGAGUUACGGAUGGUCCAGAGUAAAGCCGACAUAGAGGAUCCAGCCAUAGUCAUGGAGGCCACCGUUCUAUAGAGCCGCCGCACGCCACGUCUCAUCCACACACCUCACCCUCCGCUCACAACUGCACAAUGUAUAGAUGUUGUACAUUUUGAUAUGUAAUGUGACAUUGCCUUAGAAUCUCAGCCAGAGCACAACAGGUCCAUUUCCAAGAGAUUCAGCAGGGUACGGCCAAACAGGCGAGAGGGGGAAGAGCGAUCAAGACAAGGGAAGAAGAGAAUGGGAGAGAUGAUCGGCCUCUCAUUCACACUCUUGCAGUCUCUCUCUCUCUCUUUCUCUCAAAGCUCCUCAAGAACUCCGGUUCGUCCUGCACAUAAAGCCCAGUCUCUGACGUUUCCAGUCCAGGUCAGUGAUGUACCUAAACUGCCAUCGAUCUAGUGUGGACCAAUUUAGAAAUGACUUUAAUAUAAAUGUGAUGCUUUCUACACUCUAUGAUUUUGAGUCAGAACUGUUCAACAUAGAAAACAAAACCUCAAGAAAUACCCAAGUCAUUUUUUUUGUUUGUGCUCAAAAUCAAAAGGUAAAAAUAAGAUAU